AUGUCCAAACACGAUGAACAAUCGGUUCAAGCUGUGCGCGUUAAAGUACCACCCUUUUGGCCCGACGAACCGGCGUUAUGGUUCGCACAACUCGAGGACAUAAAAUAUAUCACCGAAAUAAAGGACAUUAUAAAAAACCCGCCGGCCGCUGACAAGUACGAAAAAGUGAAGGCGGAGUUAAUUGCUCGGUUAUCUGUGAGUCAAGAGCAAAGGGUCCGUCAACUUCUUACCCACGAAGACAUCGGAGAUCGUAAGCCGUCUCAAUUUUUGAGACAUUUACAAAAUUUCGCCGGCCCUAACGUUCCCGACGACUUUGUCCGUUCCCUGUGGUCGAGUCGCCUACCGACUCACAUUCAAGUGAUCCUCGCUUCGCAGCAAAAGAGCACGUUAGAGGAACUCGCAAAACUAGCGGACACCGUAAGUGACGUCAUCGGAACACAGCAAGUGCACGAGUUGGCCGCACCUACCGCAAACGAUGAGGUAUGCGGACUCAAGCGAGCUGUCGACGAGUUGACGCGUCAAGUGGCUGCCCUGUCGUCACCUCCGCACGCGCUGCUACCGCGUGCCCGUUCUCGCCCGCACGAGCGACACGGCUGGCGCCACCGUUCCCGAAGCCCCGCGAUCGAUUUGGAAUAA